UUUUUUGGUUUAUGACAAAACAAUUUUAAUCAAGAAAAUGGGGGUUUAUGCAUAAAGUAAGAGUAGGAGCCGUUAGGGUUUUAGCGCUUUUAGGGUUCGAUGGUUUUCUGUUUUACUUUACACUUUGCGACGAUUUUCUUUCCCCUUCAAAAUUUUGGGUUGUUAGGCGGCUAGGGUUUGUAAUUGUGUUUUCCUUUAACAUUUUCCACCCACUACUUUUCAUGUUCUCUCGAGAUUUCUUGGGUUAUAAAUAUUUUAUCCUUCUCUCAUAUAUAUUAUAGUUAUAUAUAUAUAUAUUUUAUACUAUACAAUUGUACAAUUCUUUGUUUUGCUCUUAUAAUCCUCUUUAUAAUUCAAAGUUUUGUGGUUUCUCUAAUUCUUGUUCUGUGUCUAGGAAUUAGAUUGAUUUAUUUUUGGGUAUCUCAAAGUUUCAAGCUUUGAGGAAUUAAAUAGAUUUUAAUUAGUGGGUAUCUCCAAAGUUUCAAUCUUUGAGGAAUUAGAUAGAUUAUAAUUAGUGGGUAUCUCAAAAGUUUCAAUCUUUGAGGAAUUAGAUAGACUUUAAUCAGUGGGUAUUUCAAGAGAUUCAAUCUUUGAGUAAUUUGAUUGAUUUUGUUAAGUGGGGUUGUCUGAAGUUUCGAUCUUUAGCGUCAAUUUAUUUGAUUUGAUUUGAUUUGGGUUUCAAGAUUAAUUGGUUUUGCAUCUCAAUUAUAUUUGGUUUCAAGAGAUUAUUUAAUAUGAGUUUCUCUGAUCCUUUCCCACCUUUUGUGCCAUUCCCUAAUGGAUUAGAUUCAAUGGGGUAUUGGUCUCAUUUCUCUAAUGAACAACCUGAGGUAAAUUCCGAAUAUGAUCAUGAUAAUCCUCCAUUGAAAAGGCCAAAAAAUUCGGGUGAUGAUCGAUCUAUGAAUCAUAAUCAUAGAACUACUUCUAAUCCUCCUGUUAAUCAACCAACUGGGAAAAUCUUUUACAAAACCAGGUUGUGUGCAAAAUUUAGGAUGGGUCAAUGUCGAAACGGCGAAAACUGUAACUUUGCUCAUGGGGAGGAGGAUUUGAGGAAGCCCCCUCCUAAUUGGCAAGAACUUGUGGGUGGUCGAACUGAAGAUAGAGGGAAUAGUGGUGGUGAGAAUUGGGAGGAUGAUGAUAGGAUUAUUCAUAAGAUGAAACUUUGUAAGAAAUUUUACAAUGGAGAAGAAUGUCCAUAUGGUGAUAGGUGUAAUUUUCUUCACAAAGAGCCUGCCAAAUUUAGGGAGAGUUCGGUGGUGCGAUUUAGAGAUAGUUCUAGGGAGAGUUCUGCUAUUAGCAUUGGUACAACAGGGCCACCUAUGGUGCAAGCAAGGGUAAAUGAUCAAUUUGAGGUUAAUCGGAUGCCAGGAAAUGCUAAUGGAAUCGCCGCUGUGGAUGCAUCCAGGGGGAACUCAAGGCCGGUUUAUUGGAAAACAAAGCUUUGUACUAAGUUUGAGAUAACUGGUCAUUGCCCUUUUGGUGACAAUUGCCAUUUUGCGCAUGGACAAGCAGAGCUGUUGUUGCCUGGUGGUCGUCCUGCUGAGGCUGAAGCAGCAGUUGUGAGCUUCGCCCCUCUUAAACCUGUUCAUGCUCCUGCUAACGAUCCAAAUGCUGUGAAGAUUGAUGCUGGUGUCUCUUCAAGCCAAGAAGGUCAGGGCAAGAAGUGCUUCUUGAAAUGGAAAGGGACCAAGAAGAUUAAUCGCAUUUAUGGUGAUUGGAUCGAUGAUUUGCCUUUCACCUUACCUAAUGAAGUGGAAAGCUAAGGUUCUGAUGCUAGUCUUUGCUAUCUGAGUGUCUAUAGUAAUAAUUCGUCAUUCUUAUUUCUACUACAAAUUUUGGUCAAGUUAGUAUUAUCAUAUAGCUAAUCAAUAGGUUUUGCUUGAAUGUGUUGUGAUUCCUUUCUCUCCUGUGUUGGCGUUGCGCUGAAGCGCAAUAUUGGCCAGUUUUGAUUCUUCAGGUUUUGUUGGCUUUGGUUUGUAACUUGUAAUUUGUAGUACAUUGUUGCCAAAUACAGGCAACAACUGUUUUCACUCAUCAUUAAUUCAUACAUCAAGAUGUAGAUCGAGCUCAUAGCAGAGCAAUAGAAUAACAGUUAUCGGUAUUUGUUAUCAUACAA